CAGAAUCUUGCGGAAGGGCCGUGUGUUGGCUCUGCUGCGGGAGCUGCUCCCUGCCCAGGGGUGGCCAUGCCCGCGGCGGCCCCCAUCAUCAGCUCUGUGCAGAAGCUGGUGCUGUAUGAGACCAGAGCUCGGUAUUUUCUUGUUGGAAGCAAUCAUGCAGAAACCAAAUAUCGUGUUUUGAAAAUUGAUCGCACAGAACCAAAGGAUUUAGUUGUUAUUGAUGACAGGCAUGUGUAUACUCAGCAAGAGGUGAGAGAACUGCUUGGCCGCUUAGAUCUAGGUAACCGGACAAAAAUUGGGCAGAAGGGCUCCUCUGGAUUAUCACGUGCUGUCUCUGCUUUUGGUAUAGUAGGUUUUGUCCGAUUUUUAGAAGGUUACUACAUUGUGUUAAUUACAAAGAGGAGAAAGAUGGCAGACAUUGGAGGACAUGCAAUAUAUAAAAUAGAAGAUACAAGUAUGAUCUACAUUCCAAAUGACUCUGUAAGAGUGACUCACCCUGAUGAAGCAAGAUAUCUUCGAAUUUUUCAGAAUGUGGACUUGUCUAGCAAUUUUUAUUUCAGCUACAGUUAUGAUCUAUCCCACUCUCUCCAGUAUAACCUUACUGUUCUGAGAAUGCCUCUUGAUGUGCUCAGGACAGAAACAACUCAAACUCGACAGGAGAGUUUUGAUAUUUUUGAAGAUGAAGGACUUGCAACUCAGGGUGGAAGUGGUGUAUUUGGAAUUUGCAGUGAACCUUACAGAAAAUAUGUGUGGAAUGGGAAAUUGCUGGACAUUGUCAAAACUGCAGUUCAUCAGGACUGGCUCUUGUAUAUUAUUCAUGGAUUUUGUGGGCAGUCAAAACUGCUCAUAUAUGGUCGUCCUGUGUAUGUCACCCUGAUAGCUAGAAGAUCAAGUAAAUUUGCUGGAACACGCUUUCUAAAGAGAGGAGCAAACUGUGAGGGCGAUGUAGCAAAUGAGGUCGAGACUGAACAAAUACUCUAUGAUGCUUCAGUGAUGUCAUUUUCUGCUGGGAGCUAUUCAUCUUAUGUUCAAGUACGAGGUUCUGUUCCUCUAUACUGGUCUCAGGAUAUUUCAACUAUGAUGCCAAAACCACCAAUUACAUUGGAUCAGGCAGACCCAUAUGCACAUGUAGCUGCUCUUCAUUUUGAUCAGAUGCUCCAGAGGUUUGGCUCCCCAAUCAUCAUUUUGAAUCUUGUGAAGGAGCGUGAAAAAAGAAAACAUGAAAGGAUACUGAGUGAAGAGCUUGUUGCUGCUGUGACUUACCUCAAUCAGUUUUUACCUCCUGAACAUGCUAUUGUAUAUAUUCCUUGGGAUAUGGCCAAGUAUACAAAGAGCAAACUAUGUAACGUCCUUGACAGAUUGAAUGUGAUUGCGGAGAAUGUGGUGAAGAAAACUGGUUUCUUUGUUAAUCGUCCCGACUCCUACUGCAGUGUCUUGCGCCCAGAUGAAAAAUGGAAUGAGCUAGGAGGAUUUGUGGUUCCCACCGGCCGUCUACAGACAGGAGUUCUUCGAACUAAUUGCGUAGACUGCCUAGAUCGCACGAAUACAGCCCAGUUUAUGGUUGGGAAAUGUGCUUUGGCCUAUCAGCUUUAUUCCUUAGGACUGAUUGAUAAACCCAACCUUCUGUUUGAUACAGAUGCUGUUAGAUUAUUUGAAGAAUUGUAUGAAGAUCAUGGGGAUACACUGUCCCUCCAGUAUGGUGGCUCUCAACUUGUUCAUCGAGUAAAAACCUACAGAAAGAUAGCUCCUUGGACCCAGCAUUCUAAAGAUAUUAUGCAAACUCUUUCAAGAUACUACAGUAAUGCUUUUUCAGAUGCUGACAGGCAAGAUUCAAUUAAUCUGUUCCUGGGAGUAUUUCAGCCUGAAGAAGGGAAACCUCAUCUCUGGGAGCUUCCUACUGAUUUUUACUUGCACCAGAAGGACACAAUGAAUCUUCUUCAGGCAAGGCGAAGCUACACUUUCUGGUGGACUCCAGGUGUCCUGAAAUACUUACCACUGCCUUAUGAUGAAGUAUCAUGUGCUGAAAACAGAAGGAAGCUAAUAGUGAAGAAAUUCCAUAAGUUUGAUGAAGGAGUUGACAUUCAUAAUGAAUUUUUUCGGCCUUAUGAGCUUAGCAGUUUUGAUGAAACCUUUUGCUUGGCAAUGACUAAUUCAAUACGAGAUUUUAUGCCUAAGAAUGUUGGCAUUGAUCCUAGCCCAUUUACUGUACGCAAACCUGAUGAAACUGGAAAAUCUGUUUUGGGGAACAAAAGUAAUAGAGAAGAAACUGUGUUGCAACGUAAAACAGCUGCUAGUGCCCCACCCCCGCCCAGUGAGGAAGCUGUGUCAAGCAGUUCCGAGGAUGAUUCUGGGACUGAUAAAGAAGAUGAGGGGGCUGUAUCACAACGUUCAACACCAGUGAAAAUGACAGAUACAGGAGAUAAUACCAAAAUAACAGAAAAUGUAGUACAGCCUACAAAAGAUGUAUAUGGGAUUAAUCUCUCAGAAUCCCCUUCAGAAGAUGAUCUCAGCAUAUACACAAGGUUUGUUCAAUUGGGGCAGAGUCAACACAAGCAAGACAAGAGUCAUCAAUCUCUUUGUUCUAGACACUUAGAUGGGGUUAUAAAUUUAACACACAUCUCUGCUUUCUCCCAGGACAACAUUUAUGAAGUCCAGCCUCCUAAAGUCGACAGAAAAUCUAUUGAGAUCUUUCAUGCUCAUAUCCAGGCGGCAAAGGGCAUCAUGCAGCCUCUGGGAAAAGAUGACAUCCUUCUGUAUCGAGAAUAUAUUAGAAACAGAUAUAUGUGAACAAAUGGCUAUGCUCAGUUCCCCUGGACACUGUAUCACUCAGUCCCCAAAAUGCCUUGAAAAGGCUGUCAGCAGGAAUGCACCAUGGAUGCCUCUUGUGUAUAUAGUUUUCUCAUAUCAAGGGUUGUGUAUGACUUUGCAGCACUGUUGUAUUUUCUUAUGUGAAUUAAGUGUAUAUUAAAACACAGAAUCCAACAUUUUGAAAUGACAAAGAGGAUAGAUGUUGACAUGGUCUGGAAAGUGCCCACUUUACUUACGUUAUUCUCAGUUGUGUAUAUUGUGUGAGUCAGCUUAAAUGAACAGUGAAGAAAAUAGGUACACAUUCAGCGGGCAUGGUUGCAAUUCCUUUUCUAUUAUUCUGAAGUUUUUAGCCUUUUUGAAUUUGUCUAAUUAGAACUUAUGUAUCCAGUAUCUGUUUCAGCCAGAAUACUUUGAGAGAAAAGAGCAGGUAUGAGAUACUUGCAGCAAGAUGUUUGUAAGGCCUGAUUUGAGGACAUUUGAAAAAACUUGUGUGGUGAAUUUUCCUUGAUAGCAGGAAACGAAGAAGAGCCAGCAGGUUAAGUAUUCAUACUGAGAAUAGAAAUGGCACUUGGUGUUUGGCCCAUUCCUCUCCCACUAGCCGCUGUGGGCAGACUCCCAGAGGCCUCUCUAGAAACAUUCUUGCAUGCUGCCAAGUAAUUUCUAAAGCUUCCCUGUCAGAGCUGAGUGUCAUUAAAAUUUCAUUUGAUAAAGCAGUGAUGUGUUUUGUGAUUAGGUAAUAAAGCUGAGAACAUGCUGUGGCUUGAGAGAGAUGGAUUACUGCAUUUAUGUGCCUGUUUGUCUGUGGAAAGGCUGUAAUUCUAGAAUAUAAGUGUUUUCUUGCCCCAUAUGUAAAUUAUGUUAAUAGUAGAUCAAGGAAUAAGAGAAUCAGCAUAUCUAUCACCUGACGUAAAGAGUUUCUUUCUUCUCCAUAAGCAUCCUGUUCUUUGGGAAACACUCUAUAUUUGGAUUUCUGUUUCCUCCUGUUAAUGGGUGUCUUACUUUGACAUUAAGCAGUUAAAUUACACUCUACUCUUAAGCCAAAUUAGUCUGAUUCUCCACAAGCCACUACUUACACCUGCAGAAUCUCUUUCUUUUAAGGAGGCUGCCACCUGCUAAUUAGAUUUUUGCCACAAGAAUGAUCUUGACCUCAAAUGGCAUUUUGUAGGAAAACAUUGUGAAGUGUGGUAGCAGGGAUUUAUUGCUACAGCAGAAGCAUCAUGGAAAGAGACCAAUAGGUUGGUUGAAGGACUUCCCACAAGCCUUCCCAUGUCCUCAUUGGGACAGGAUUUCAUAGGUGGCAACCAGGUGUAGCCUCUAGUAAGCUACAACCUAUUUCAUGUGGGGUAACAGCCAGAUUGUGUUUUCAAGGGCAAGCAACAAGUGGCAUGUCAAUAGGCACUUGCUUUGAGAAGCACCGUAUAUGAUGCUAUAAACAAUAUCCUAGUAGGAAGCAGGUAGUACAGGAACAACUUUGCGAUUGUGGGGGUAUUCAGCUGAUUAUUUCUUCAAGAACCCCGUAUCACUUCAUUUAAGAUAUUUUAGAUCUCAGUUGAAUCUGCCCAUUCCAAAGAUUCCCGAUGUUCCUGAGUUUCAUUUAGAGAGCAUAUAGCAGUAUUUUAAAUUUUGAAAAGCCAAACACAGUGUAACCAAACAUUUACUUUAUAAAGAGAAAAGAAUGGUGAAUUACUUUAAAGGAGUAUACAUGCUCUGAUACUUGCCUAUCUAUGAUCUCCAUUUCUCUUUACAAAACUCUGCCUAGUUGUAAAUGGUAGAGACAGAUUCCAUAAGCACAGGAGUGAUUGCUAACAAAAAGGAAAGAUGUUACGUGUAAUUUACCUUUUUCUACUCCAUACUGUAAUGUAAAAAUAUCAUUGUUCUUUCUGUAUUUGUCAAAAAUGCUUCUUUAAAUUUUUUUUAAAAGUCAUAUAUAGGGCUGACUUCUAAGAGUUGGUCCUUUCUGUACAUUACAUUUUGUUUCUGUAAAUAAUUUAAUAGAUGUACCAAACAAAAAUAAAGUGCAACAUAUCAAACUGCUUAUACAAAGAAAAU